AUGAAUUUUAAUUUUAAAACUGAAGCAUCUGUCACUAUCCCUUGUGAUUAUAAUAAAAAAUAUAUACAGCAUAAGAAAUACUGGUGCUAUGGUACAUACUUCAAUUCCUGCAAAAUUCAGGCGUAUACCAAUCAAACAAAGAAGAGUGUGACAGUGACUGAUAACCCAGCUGAGAGUCUCUUUACUGUGACUAUGAAAAAUCUCCAGCCAGGAGACACUGGAUGGUACUGGUGUGCUGUAGAGAUAGGUGACAUAACAGAGCCAGAUGUUAAAGAAGAAAUUUAUAUCACAGUAAAAGCAGAUCUUGAUCUGUCUGUGAAGGACAGCAGAGUGAGAGGUGAAGAAGGUGGCAGUGUUACUGUCCAGUGUCACUACAGCACUGAGUAUCAGAAUAAAGAGAAGCAGUGGUGCCGAUUCAAAGACAAGUACUGCAUCACAUUUAAAAGGACUGUCACAUCCCAGAAUUCAGCAGUGAAGCUCAGUGAUGAUGGGAGAGGAUCCAUUAGUGUGGAGAUGAGAGGACUGAAGAAGAGUGAUGCUGGCUGGUACUGGUGCAGUGCAGGAGAUCUGCAGGUUCCUGUUCACGUCAGUGUCAGUGAUCCACCUCCAGGUAUUAUCACACAGACUCAUCCCUGA